AUGAGCACAGAAACAGCGGCCGUAGUUACAUUGCACGUACCAUGCGAAUCAACCAGAGCUCCGAAGUUGAUACACGCUGAUCAGCAGAGAAAACUUGAUAACACCCUAUCCCCUCCAGAUGAAGAAUCAAGCAUUGUGAUUACAACACGAAUCAAGUUACUAGAGACCAUUCGCAAUCCUUUCCAUCGAUUCCACGUUCGUCGGCUCAGCUAA